CUCAUAUCCGUGCGACGCAUGUGCCUGAUGUUCAUGGUUUGAUGUUUCUUUUAGGUCUAUGGUUGAUGCCUAGACAGUAAAGGUUGAUGCCUGAUGCGGUGGCAUGUGUAACAUUUUGAUCUUGUUUUCAGGUUAACUUGGUCCUGGAAGAUCAUGACAAGGCACCUUAUGUGAAGCGUCUGGAACCUGCAACUCUGUCCGAGAAGUAACCACAGAGAAGAACAUCUUCUCCCUAAAAGCAGUGAGAUGGCUCGGCCUCUGUUUGGAGGAGCCUUGUCAGCCACUAUCCCGCCCAGUGCGCAAGAUAUCAGCAGUGAGCUACGGGAGAUCCCAGACAACCAGGAGGUGUUUACUCACCGGGAAACUGACCAGAGCAUCAUAGUCGAACUGCUGGAGUACCAGAGCCAUGUGGAAAAUGAAGAUGCAGCAAAGUAUCACUUUGAAGACGUGGCAGGAAGCAACAAAGCAUCUGAGCCAGGGGCCUGUGAGGUGCGGUCAGUCCAGGCCAUUCCCAAGGCAGAGCUGGCGCUGCAGCAGUGCGCUUCCGCCUGGCUCCUGACAGGGGGGCAGCUCGUCUCCAAAUUCAACGAGGAAGUGAAAAACACAGUGAAUAUCCACAUGUGCCUCUUUCGGCUUCCUCAGUUCUCCACAGAUGUCCUUGUAACCUUCAAUGACCCCGUUAUCAUCAAUCCUCUCAGCAGCAGUAAAGGAGCCGGUGGAGUGGCUGGGCCGGCUGCUGAGCCCUGGACAGUGCAGAACUUCCAAUGUGUGCUUAAGUCCUUACAGCUGCUCGACCCUGGAGUAUUUAGUUUAUCGGGCCGGACACAAAGCCAACUGUUAUGUAAAGACUCGUUUCAUAUUAAGGUGAAGUAGAUGUCCUAUCAAAGACUGAUCUGGAAAUUAUGGGAAAACUAGGAAGGAUGUCCGAGGUGGAAUUCUCCACUCACCAGUGACACUAUCAGUUUCGAAAGUGUUGCAUAGUUCCUUCUUCCGUCUGCCUGAUUAUGAAGUCACUGAAAUUCACUCGGGGGGUGGGGUUCCCUGACUGACGCAAGUUUGUUCACAAUAAACGGCACUGUAACCUUUUGACCGACUCCUCAGCCUCAUGACUUCUGGCCAACAGCUCAAAGUAAUAUACGUGCCAAGGGCUUGCUUUUCAUGAUAAUGUGUCACAGUUUGACCUUGACCUAAUUUACAUUUAGAAUUUGAAGUUAUAUGAUAUGUAGUUUUAGUUAAUAACAUGUUUGAAAAAUUUGAUUCUGAAACAAACUUUUUUUUUGCAUUUUUUUGUUAUGCUUCUUUGUUUCGUGUUUUAAUUUAGGUAAACGGCUUAUCACAUACCCAUCAAAUCCUGAGAAGAAUGUGUGCUCCUAGUAUACUGGUUGAAGUGUUGGCUGAAUUACUUAAAUGGUUUGUUAAACAUUACCUUACAUUUAAAGUGUUCAAGUGAUUCAGAGUGUCCCCAUAAAACCUUUUCCUUGACUCAAAUGCUUCUUACCACCCUAGACCCAUAUUCCCUUGGGUGUUUCUCUUGUCAGGUAAACAUAUCAAGUGUGACGGAACAUUAUUCUUUUCAGGUUGUCAUAGAAACCAGGCUCUUUUCAUUCAUUGUAAUGCAACAAGGCCACAGCGCCAAUGUAAUGUUUAACUGAGACACUUGAGCAGAGGAUGUUUCAGCAUUCCAAACUUUCUUUGCCCUUAACACCAGUAUAGUUAACAAACCAAAUGUUUUAUUUUGAC